CGCCUUACGAUGUAAAGUACGCUCCUUCCCUUACAUCAGCACGCUCCAGUAUUAACGAGUUCGUAUGACAUCACGCUCAAAAAUUUAUUUCCAACUCUUAAUGGUUACAUGUACGGGGAGUCUCUUUACCACAAACCUUCCAUUCUCUCCUCUCGCCUCUUUAUUAAUUCCCUGCAACUUAAUUUGUGUGCAUAGCAUUCAUUGUUCAAUUCUUUCCAUUCUGCUAAAGAAUCCGAUUCUCGUCGCUUAAACUUCUUGGAUUUCUCGAUGAAGAAAAUAGUGGUAAAAUUUGCCAUUGAAGACGACAGAAGCAAGAAAAAGGCCUUCAAGCAGGUUGCAGGUGUUGAUGGGGUGGAUUCUGUGUCUGUGGACAUGAAGGAAAAGAAGAUGACUGUGAUAGGGGACGUGGAUCCCGUCCAUUUGAUCUGUAAACUCAGGAAACUUGGCUUCGCAGAUUUGCUGAGCGUGGGUCCUGCGAAAGAGGAGAAAAGGGGGGGUGAGAAGAAAGAGGAGAAAAAGGAAGGCGAGAAAAAACAGGAGAAGGCGGCGGGUGAGAAGAAAGAGGAGAGUAAAUCUCAAGGCGAUGCAAAGAAAGAGAACAAAGCAGAACCUCCAAAAGUCGAAGUUGUGUAUGUGCCCAUGAGCUACGAGUACAGAGUCAGACCAUAUGAUCAAUACACUGUUGUGAAGCCGGAAGAGUAUCCUAAUACUUGCGUUAUCUGUUGAACAAGUCUCUGUGCGCUUUUAAACAGCCAUCAUUUGUAACUCAAAGCAAUUUUUUUAAAAUCCUGGUCACAUCUCAAGAGCAUGGAGUAAGAUUUUUUGUUUAGGGAAAACCCAGAUUUAUGGUGAUACUAAUGAGACAAUUUUGUUUCAUUUUUUUCCCGUGGUUUAUAUUAAAUUUAUAGAAAGGUCAUGCAAGAAUGUAAUAAUUAGCAGCGAGGUUGUAUUACCAA